AUGCCAAAGCUAAUAGCUUUCUUAUCUUCGUUGCUAGAACGAGUUGCUGAGUCUAACGAUCUCACCAGACGAGUCACGACUCAGUCACAGAGAGUUUCUGUUUUCCAUGGACUGAGUCGACCAACCAUAACGAUUCAAAGCUACCUCGAGAGGAUUUUCAAAUACGCUAAUUGUAGUCCUUCUUGUUUCGUUGUUGCUUAUGUUUAUCUCGAUCGUUUCACUCAUAGACAACCUUCACUUCCCAUCAAUUCCUUCAAUGUCCAUCGUCUCCUUAUCACCAGCGUCAUGGUCUCUGCUAAAUUCCUCGAUGAUCUGUACUACAACAAUGCGUAUUACGCGAAAGUGGGAGGAAUAAGCACGAAAGAGAUGAAUUUGCUAGAGCUUGAUUUCUUAUUCGGGUUAGGGUUCGAUUUAAACGUGAAGCCAAACACAUUCCAAGCUUAUUUCACUUAUCUUCAAAAGGAAAUGACUCUUCUUCAUCAACCUCUCUCUCUUGUUCAUGUACCAAUACCAUCAUCAAGAUCUGUCAUUACUUUCAACGACGACGAAUCUUCUCAUCAGAAACAACAACAACUCACUGUUUGA